GGGGCGAGCCGGGGGCCGGCGGAGGCGCGGGCGGCCGCGCAGCUCUUUAAAGCGCGUCCCGGCGCGGGCUCCCCCAGACUCGGGUUUCCCCGCACCCCUGCCCGCUCUCGCACGCUGCCCAUCGGCGCCUCCAGCGCAACCUCCCUAGUCUUCGGGGCGCAACGGAAUCCUCCCGACCUCGCCGCCAGCUCGUGGACAUGGAGACCCCCACCUGGCCCCGGGUGCCCUGCCCCGAGGCCGCCGUCGCUCGGAUGCUCCUGCUCGGCUGGGUCCUCCUGCAGGUGGCCGGAGCCUCAGGGACUACAGAGGUAGUAGUAGCAUAUAACUUAACUUGGAAAUCAACUAAUUUCAAGACAAUUUUGGAGUGGGAACCCAAACCCAUCAAUCAUGUCUACACUGUUCAGAUAAGCCCUAGACUUGGAAAUUGGAAGAGCAAAUGCUUCUACACCACAGAUACAGAGUGUGACCUCACCGAUGAGAUUGUGAAUGACGUGAAUCAGACCUACGAGGCGCGGGUCUUGUCCUACCCAGCUGAUGCCACCGAUUACUCUGGGGAGCCUCCAUUUUCAAACUCCCCAGAUUUCACACCUUACACGGAGACAAAGCUUGGACUGCCAACAAUCCAGAGUUUCAAACAAGUUGGGACAAAACUGAACGUGACCAUACAAGAUGCACCCACCUUAGUCAGGAGGAACGGCACCUUCCUAAGCCUCCAGGAUGUUUUUGGCAAGAACUUAAGUUACACACUUUAUUACUGGAAAGCAUCAAGUACAGGAAAGAAAACAGCCAAGACAAACACUAAUGAGUUUUUGAUUGAUGUGGAUGAGGGAGAAAGCUACUGUUUCAGUGUUCAAGCAGUGAUUCAAUCACGGAAGUCUAACCAGAAGAGUCCAGAAAGUUCCAUUGAGUGCACGCACCACAAGAAAGGUAUGUUCAGAGAAAUGCUCCUCAUCAUUGUAAUUGUGGUGCUUGUGGCCGUCAUCCUCACCAUCAUCCUGUCUGUGACCCUAUACAAGUGCAGGAAGGCGCACGCACGGCCGAGCGGGAAGGAGAGCUCCCCGCUCAGCGCCGCCUAAAGCUCGUGCCCCGGGAGCAGCCGCCCGCGACCGAGUGUAUGUUGCACUGUGACCAAGAACUUUUAAGACAACAGAAUAUAUAUAUGGAAACACAAAGGAGUAUUUGGAGCAUGGAGAUUCUUGGGCUCAAAGAAAGCUCUUGAGCUGACCUGCUCUCACAAUUAGCAUUCUGGUUUCCACGACAGCAUUAGACACUUUGGAAUGUAACCAACGGUACAACCAGUUCCAAGUUUUUAAAAUUUCUAUUUUAACACUAUGGCACCUUUUGCACAUAUCAUGUGUUAGAACGUAUAUUCUACACCCCAAAUGAAACCAGAACGUCUAAUCAAAAACAAAGGAACAAAAGCCUUUAAAAAAAAUCCUUGGGUAGAUUUUUAGAAAACUUUUGAGAAGCUGACUACAAAUCAUGUGGGAGAGUAAAAUGGAAAUUGGGUGGACUUUUCUAACAUAGAACAGUCUUUUGUGAUAUAUGGUGUUUAGGUUCUCUUUUGAGUUCUUUUGGAGUUUCAAAACAAUUGGCAAACUUUUAUAUGAAUGUGUUAAAUGCAGAAGACUUCUGUUUUGGGGCACAUUCCUAAAGCGCCUUACAGUUUAGCACUUUAACUGACUCAAAUGCUAUGGAGUAAGCACUUGACAGCUGACUAUAUUUUUAUAAGACUACUAUACAGACCACGUAGAGGUGAUGGUUUUAAGGUACUGCAAGCUUUUAUGGUCAAUUUUGUAUAUAUUUAUAUAAUUUUCUAAAAGGUUUUAUACAUGGGGAUAUUCUAUUUAUAGAAGUAAUGUUCUGUUUGUAUAUAUUGAGAUAAUUUAUUUAAUAUACUUUUAUAUAAAUAAAGGUGACUGGGAAUUGUGACUAUUGUAUUUAUUAUAUCUUCCAUUUUAUUAUUUAUGAUUUGGUCUUUGUAUUAGUUGGCUCUGCUGCAGGAACAAAUGACCCAAAACUUCUCAGUGGCUCACAGCAUUAUCUUGAAUUCUCACUUACAUUAGUUUGGUGGCUGCGAGUUGACUGCCGCUCUUCCUAAUUAGGUUCUCAUUCUAGGACCCGAACCCAAGGGGAAGACUCUAUUUGGGUCAGGGCAGAGGGAAAAGCAAAAACCUAGUAGUAACAGAAGCCAUGUCUUGGAGGGGCGCCUGGGUGGCUCAGUCGUUGAGCG